AUGCUGCGCUGGCUGCAGGACUUCUUGUCGCCCCCCGAGGUCUGGCAGAGUGAUUAUGACUACGUGGCCUAUCAGAUCCUCUUCGACGACUUGGACCACAAUAAGGAUGGCGUGCUGGACGUCCUGGAGCUCGCUGAAGGCCUGAAAAACUGGAGCUCCUCCUUUGGCGUGGACCCCGAGAAGAAAAUUAUUCAGGCUGCAGACUCCAAUGCUGAUUCAGGACUGAAUUUUGAAGAAUUUGUGCGGUACCUUCAAGACCACGAGAAGAAAAUGAGACUGGCGUUCAAGAGUCUGGACAAGAAUGAAGACGGAGUAAUAGAUGCUUCAGAAGUAGUUGCUGCCCUGCGAACACUGGGACUCCACAUUUCUCGCUCUCAGGCAAGGGACAUCCUGAAAAGCAUGGAUAGCGAUGGGUCAAUGACGAUAGACUGGGAUGAAUGGAGAGACUACUUUUUCCUCCACCCUGCAAAAAAUAUCAAGGAAAUUAUUUGUUUUUGGAAGCAUUCUACUAUAAUUGAUAUAGGAGAGAGUAUAACUGUUCCAGAUGAAUUUACAGAGCAAGAAAAGGAGUCCGGAGACUGGUGGAAGCACUUGGUAGCAGCAGGAGUUUCGAGUGGGGUGACGCGGACCUGCACAGCACCUUUAGAACGCCUGAAAGUCAUGAUGCAGGUUCAUGGUUCAAAAGUGACUAAAAUGAGAUUGGUUAAUGAGUUCAAGCAGUUGUUAAAAGAAGGAGGCACUUUUUCUCUUUGGCGAGGAAAUGGUGUAAAUGUUUUUAAAAUUGCGCCAGAGUCAGUACUCAAGAUCGGGUCCUAUGAACAGUAUAAGAAAUUACUUAGUUUUGAUGAUGCUAAUUUAGGAGUUCUUCAAAGAUUUAUAGCUGGUUCCAUGGCUGGCGCAACUUCCCAAACCUGUAUUUAUCCCCUGGAGGUGAUAAAGACCAGGCUGAUGGUAGGUAAAACUGGAGAGUAUUCUGGGAUUAUUGAUUGUGGCAGGAAGCUUCUGAAGACAGAAGGUGUUCGGGCCUUCUGCAAAGGCUACGUUCCCAACCUGAUAAGCAUCGUACCAUAUGCAGGCUUAGAUCUCACGGUCUUCGAGCUUCUCAAGAACUACUGGCUGGAGCACUACGCAGAAAACUCCGUGAAGCCUGAUUUAGCAGUCGUGCUGGGCUGUAGUACGUUGUCUCACACUUGCGGCCAGUUAGCCUCUUUUCCUCUGAAUCUUGUUAGAAAUCGCAUGCAGGCAGCCAAGAUGGAAAAGGAAACAAUACGUAUGAUGCAGCUCAUUCAGCAAAUAUACACUAAAGAAGGAAAGAGGGGAUUUUUCAGGGGCUUCACCCCUAGUAUCAUCAAAGUGCUUCCUGCAGUGGGCAUUGGCUGUGUGACUCACGAACAAGUGAAAUGGCUUUUUGGAUUAAUCUAG